UGUUGGAGUAACUCGAGGCAACACUCAACGCAAAUGCUUGACGAGGUUUGGAGGCAGCCACAAAUCUAUGGCAUGAAUGGAAUUACAUGUGGAGCUCCAAAUUUCCGGCUUCGGCUGUUUAAAGAAUCAUCAUGCUCUUGGACAACGAAACUCCAUGUGAUAGAUAAAAAUUUGACCGAACAACCAUUAGAAAACACAAAGUGGGAACUGAGAAAACCCAUUCCUCUAGAUGAUGAAGGAAAUUUAGUGGAAUCUGCAAUUGGCAAAAGCCCUGAUGUCCACAACAUCUAUGUUUGUAUUAAGAUGAGGCGUGGAAGACGGAGACAGACGCAGCCUGAAAUCAUGAGAAUCUUUUUGUGCUCUUUGCUUUGA